AUGGCAGAACAAAUCCUAUCCAACCCCGCCGCCCUGAACGCGCUGAAAAGGCAUCAGCUCGUCUCGCUCUCGAAGCGAUAUGGCCUGAAGGCGAGCGGGAAGAACGGGGAUAUGGUUGAGCGAUUGCAGGCUUAUGCCGCCGCCCUUCCAUCCGGCCAGGCCUUCCACAUCCCCGCGCCUGAAGCGCCUAAUACCCCUCAUCAUGCCAACGUCGACUUCAAUCCCGCCGGUCCCGACACUCCUACCCCCUUGUCGCCUUCCGCCCGCGAACAGGAAGACGACGUUGAUAUGCCCAUGUUCAACAUCAACAUGCCGCUCAAGCUCGACAAGAAGGCAAGCAUGAUCUCCGUCAGCUCGGAGAACUGGGACAAGAUGUCGGAGAGCGGGGCGAGCUUUAUUUCGCCUAUGAAGGGGACGGAUGAGGGGAGUGUGCGGUCUUGGAAGAGUGCAGGAAAUGGCGAGCCGCUCUCAGACUUUGGACCGUCUGACAUGCCUGGCAGGACCGGUGCAUCCAGCAGCCGCGGGAGCGUUUUCGCCUUUGCAUCAUCGCUCAAAAGGAGCGGUACCAAGACCUUCCUCGGAUCUCGCUCGACCUCUCAGACCUCAAACCUCAAUGUGGCCGCCAAGGAGACCACUCCGGAACCACAGGGCGAUAUGGAGUCGGUGCCGGUCGCCCCAUCGCCCGCAUCUACGGUCGGUAUCCCUCGGCGACACUCCCGUCUCAGCCUCUUUGAGCGGCCCAGCACCCUUCGCCUAUGCUCACCUACGGCUGGGCCAGCUACACCCCGAGCUCGAGGUAGCGACCUCCCUUUGGUCGGCUCGGCGCACAAGUUGCAAGCACUCAAAGAUCGCCGGUCCCUUGUACCCCUCCGCUCCGGUACCGGUAACGACGCGGAUCAGUCCUAUCCCUCCCGCAAAUCCCUACCUGCACUCGCCAACCACACAUCGGCCAGCCUCUCUUCCAUCUACCCACCUCUACCUGGCUUCCAGCCUGACUCGGACGCGCCACCCGUCCCUCCCAUUCCUGGCCAAUAUCCCAGUGCCCACACGCUCCAGCACAAAUCAUCCGAGACCUUUAUCUUUGGCUCACCGGAGCACGCCACCUCGGCCGCCCAAUUCAGUGUAUCCGCGCGAGAUAUGCUGGAGCAGAUCAAUAAGCAGCUGCCGGAAGAUGCGAGGAUGGUCGACGAGGUGUUGAAGGGGAAACAGGCGGACAUGAGGCGGAUGGUCAGCGUGCAGAGCGGGCUGGGCGAGGGUGGUUGGGGGUUGAUGGAGCGAUUCGAGGGGAAGAAGGAUCGGUAUGCUGCUGCCCACGAGAGGAGCUUUGCCAAGAUGAAAUCAAUCUCCCAGACUUCCAUUACAACUAGCAAGGCCUCCAAAGCGUCCAAGCCACCAAGCAGCUCUCGACUCCCACCCACCACUCCGGGACAGAAACGGAAGCUCAGCGCCGGCUCGACUGCGGACUUCCCCUCCGCUCCAAAUGGCGGGAAGAUCGACGGCGAAGGGAGGCAGGCGAAGAGGAGCCGGAUGUCACCUGGACCGAAUGUCCUAGGAUCGUUGAGGGAGGCGGGGAGGAGCGUGAUGACGCUGCUCGGGGACGGAGAGGGGAAGAGUCCGGAGAAGAGGCGGCUGGGGGAGAAGAAGCAGCGUUCGAGGCUGAGCAUGAAGGGAAACGGCCUUCGCUCGAGACUCAGCAUGUUCCGAAGCAACUUCCGCCGCCCCGGCGCGCAGAUGACCGCUCAAGAACGCUCGGCCGAGCUGCAGAAAUCACUUCGCCGCCGCUCGGCCGAGUUCUCUUCCAUCGUCAAGCGGACUCCUGAUCUCCUCAUCAACCCGCCCAUGUCGCUCAACUCUACCCGUCUCACCACACGGAAACAGCGCAUGCCAUCUACUUCGGCCCAGACGGUCAUGUCGAGCUCUACAACCAGCAGUCGGGUCCCUCAGCGCAAGCCUCUCCCGGACUUUGGCGGACGCGUCGUUUCACGCGGCUCGGCCUCGAUUCUCAAGUCGUCCACAUCGUCGACGUACGCCCCUGGGCUCCCGCAGCACAAGUCAUCCUCGGUCUCGUCGAGUAUGCGGAAGCAGAGCCAGGCGGAUCUUAUACGGAAUGCAAGGCGGGCGCCGGCGCCACCGGUCGAUGAGUCGGGCGAUGUUGACAUGGGCUCUGGCUCAACGUCAGCCGCGACGAAGGUGACGGUGCCCGCGGUGGAGACCCCCAUCGCGAGGACAUCGUCCACUCUGUAUGCCUCAACGGCGAGCUCCCGUGCUCGGAUGCAGGCAACGGUCAAGCCUACCCCAAAACCCGCACCUCGCGGCCUUCCUAUGGGUCCGCCCCCGGUCCCCACCUCGGCCAUGCAACCUCCAACGUCCUACAAGGCGCACGGCAUCGUGACGCACAGCCUCUUCGGCGCGGGCGAAUCCCGCGAGAACCUCUUUGAGGAGAACUUCCACCUGCCUCCCCCUCCGAACCCCUCAUCCCCAUCGACAUCCAUCACAUCGCCUCCCUCGCUCCCCGCCCGAUCGGCCAAAGGCGGUACUCCCGGCCGGUUCGGCGCCUCUUCGUCCACAUCAUCACCACACAAACCGGCCUCGGCGGCAAGCCGGAUUCGGCACAAGAACUCGGGGUUGGCAGCCAUCAAGUCGAGGGGUAACUUGAAGGAGGAGGUGGAUGUGCCGAGGCGCAAGGCGGAGAUCAAGGCGAAAUCGGAGAGAAGGGUGGAGGAGAAGGAGCUAAGGGAGAUGUUGGGCGAUCUGAAGGGGAAUGAGCUGGUCUAG